AUGAAAAAAGAAGCGCUAACUUAUGGCGAAAACAAUGAUUCGCGUCGUUAUCGACGAAAACGGCCCAAAAAUGGCGCUCCAAUUGUCUCCGUAACCGAUGAGCACAAAGUCGAGGGCUGUUUAACUCUCGGAAAUCCUGUGACCACAAUAGCGUACGAAACGAAUACCGCUUCGGAUGGCAUUCAAUUGAUUCAAAACAGGGCUGAUCUCAAGUUUACACGAAUGGUUAAAAUGUCGACAAAUAUUAAUGGAUUCAAAGAGUUGUGCGAAGACGACAAGAUUGUGCUCCUGAAGGCCGGUUGCCCUCAACUCUGGCUUUUGCAGAAUAUCGUUGAUUUCGAUGUCGACGGCCAGUUCUGGAGGAUUCCCAUUGACGAAGAGAACGCAACGCUAUUACGGAUGAGUGUUUUGGAGGGAUGGAGUAAUGUAGUCAUACAAAGUCACUGGAAUUUCAUGUCUGGUCUGAGAGCUGAAUGCAAUGUUGAUAUGAAUUUAAUUGAUUUGCUUUCGUCAAUUGCACUUUUUAAUCCAGAUCUACCAAAUCUGGUUCAUAAACACAGUAUAAUAUUACAACGGAAGACAUACAUGUAUUUACUUCAGCGGUAUUUAGAGACUAAACACAACUCAAAGUCAGAAUCGGAGACAAGAUUCGAAGGGUUGACUUAUGGAGAAGACGGCGAAACUACAAGACAUCGACAAAAACGAGUGAAAACCACAGAACCGUUUGAAUCGACGACAAUAGAGUUAAUGCCAUAUAAGAGAAAACCUGAUCCCAUGAGUCAAAUACCAUCAGCGAUAAGAGGACUGAUAUUUAAGUUAAAUGAGUUAGAAUUUAGUCGAUUUAAACAAUUGUUUAUCUCUAUGGCGAUCAUUAAAGACCCGGUCGUCAAGUGUGCGGCCAAUGAGACGACAUUUGCGGACAUUUUCCGUCACUUGGAAGACAGGAAUGAACUGAAAUAUCGGCGAAUCGUCAAAAUGGCCGCAAAUAUCACUGAAUUCAACGAUCUGUGCGCUGAGGACAGGAUCGCACUCGUGAGGGCCGGCGCCCCACACAUUGCUUGUCUCACAAAUGUCUUGGGCUUUGAUUUUGAGGGCCAAUUCUGGACGGUUCCCAUUGACAAAGACAAUGCCAUUAAAGUGCCGUUAGAUGUAUUAAAAAGUGGCAAAUGUGGUCUCUAUGACGCUAACCGACAAUAUAUGAAAAACCUUAAACAUGAAUACGACACCGAUAUUAAUCUCUUGGAUAUUGAAUUUGGCUGUUUUUUCGGUGACAAUUGCGAUGUAAACCGUUUGACGCGAAAAUUCUGCAAAAAAUGCAGAAUUGAUAAAUGUUUGUCGAUUGGUAUGAAAAGAGAAGCGCUGACUUAUGGAGAAGACGGCGAAACUCCACGACAUCGACGAAAACGAGUGAAAAUCACAGAACCGGUCGACUCGACCACAACUGAGUUAAUGCCAUACAAGAGGAAACCCGAUCUCAUGAGUCAAAUACCAUCAGUGAUCAGA